AUGUCAGAACGGUCUCCCAGAUACUAUGAGUAUCUCACCUCAAGGCAUCUGUUACGCAAGAGGGGAUAUCGUACAACUCUCUUUUGUCAAUUUCCAGUUGAACUCAUUGAACGCAUCGCCAUUCACAUUGAGUCUGAUACUGACUUGAUCUCGUUCGCUCUCACAUGCCAUGGGAUUGCAAAAUGCAUUCUCUCACCUCUUUCAGGAGUCUGGAGGGAACGGUUCAAUAACAAAUACGACGCAGGAUGGCAACAUAGUUCGGAGGAACUGGGCAACGAGUACAGAACUCGUGCCACGCUGCUUCAACUGGAUGUGUUUCUUCGACCCUUCGAGGGGCCCCUGGAACACGCAUGGUUGAAGGCCAUCCAAACUCUUUUGGUCGAAUCAUACAUGAACAAGCCUGGAGAUAAGCAGACAUCGCGUUCAAAAAAUAUGUUGAGAAUUGCUGAAGCAGUUCAAAAGACCAACUUUCUCAGUAGACCAAUGGUUAGGAAUGGCAGGCAGACACACAUGAACCCGUCUACUCUGUUUUGCGCGGUCCAACUGUGCCUCAGUCAUAUGUGUUUCGAUCCACUUGGUCCAGGGCCAUGUCUGCGAAGCAACUAUGAUAUUACAGAAGUCUACUCCUACCACCAUGAGUUUCAUCAUUCUCUUAUUGACGAAAAUGGUAUGAUUUGCUUUGAUACUUUGCUCCACAUCCGCAACUUCUGGCAGAGGCAUCUCCUUAGCGCUCGGGAGAACUCCUACGCCUCGUCGUAUGGGAAUGUUACGCGGAGGCCGAGAGAAUGGGUUCAGCCUUUGGAAGCUAAAGUUACUACCAUGAUGCUUAUUGACGCUAAUCGCAAGAGCUGGCCGACGAGACUUGACGAACAUUUUCCUGAAAAUAUCGACCUGUGUCCCAGGAAGUACUUCAUUGGUAGCGAAGGUUUCCAGGGUGACAUGUCGCUGCACUAUCGCAUUCGGGGAUUCUACCAAGACUUUCCAUAUCCUCAGGAAGGGAUCUUCGGAUGGCUGCGUAUCUGCUUCGUCAGUUAUCUUCUCGCCGACGACCUUGAAAGCCGAGAUCAGCCCGACGCCAAAGACUGGGAUGAUUACGAUUUUACCAGUGACUUUGAUCGAAUUUACGGCUUCGAAGGUAUUCUAAUCCCCGGGGGAAAGAUCCUGUUGGGAAAGUACUUUGAUGUACAGUCAGAAGGUGAUGAGGAAUGUGAACGCGGACCGUGCAUCUACUGGGAGCAUACUCACUUGGGUGAUGUGCUGGAUAUUAUGUCUGUUUCACAGAGCAUCGAUUAUCCCUUUCUUACUAUGUUUUCGUCGCCCGCAGGGAGUCAAGCUGCAGAAGAAUAGUCAUAUUAAAGUCAACGGAACGACCUACGGCUACAUAAAUCAUAGCCUUAUAGGACAAAUAUAUGAUAGAAGUGCUGGGGGAAGUCCAUAGGAAAUCUUUUUUCCCGAGUUU